CCACGAACUCUAAAGGCACUGCUCACUCUGGAAUGGUUACUCAACGAGAACAUAUCGGGCUAAUAUAAGAAUUGAGUAGUAACAGCCAUUAUUACAAUUUAAAAUAGGAGCCAAAAUACUAAAGACAAGUUACCGGCUUCAUUAUCAAUACGCGAUAUUAGUGCGAUAUUAGUAAUUCAUCAAAUCGAUGACAUGAGGAGUCAAGUUGAAGGCGUGUGAAGUGCGAUGUGAUAAAAGCGCGCGGGGGCAGCGCGCGCCGCCAGUACCGAGCUCACCUGUACGCCGUGCGCAGGCGCCGUUUUGCGCGCCGCGAUUCGAACGCGAUACUUCACGCUCACACGCAACCCCGCGCCCCCACCCAUACACUAGUUAAUCUGAACAGGACAUCAGCUGUCCGACUCUAACAUAUAGUGAAUGUGCACUUGUACAAGUCGGCCUGGAGGACUUACUGCCGAAAUAGGACCUCGCCGGUCUGACAGAUCGAUCACUCAGUUAAGCUAAGCGAACGGAAGACAAAAUUGCCUCGGAAAAUUGUAUCUAGUUUAAGAAAUCGACACAAUGGCGCUAGGAAUAAUGCUACAGUAUAUAAGCGAUUUUCAAUAUUAUAUGGACAAAUAUGGAGAUCCUAGGACAAAUCCAUGGUUCCUGAUGAGUUCCCCAUUUCCUACAUUAUUAAUAUGUCUAAGCUACGUCUAUCUAGUCAAGGUUUUAGGACCACGAUUUAUGGAGAAUAGAAAACCCUAUGAACUAAAAAAUGUUCUAAUAUUAUAUAACUUCUUACAAGUAGUAUUCAGUGCGUGGCUGUUCUAUGAGAGUAUGAUGGGGGGCUGGCUGAAUCAUUACAGCUUUAGAUGCCAACCUGUGGACUACACAGAGAAUCCCAAAGCUAUUAGAAUCGGAGCUGCUGGCUGGUUCACAGGCAGGUAUAACUUUCAAUGUCAGCCGGUCGACCACUCCAAACAUCCACAAACAAUGAGGUUCUUCUUUGUGCUGAGAAAGAAGUUUGACCAUGUAUCAACAUUACACGUGAUCCACCACGGCGUGAUGCCGAUGUCAGUGUGGUUCGGCGUCAAGUUCACGCCGGGCGGUCAUUCCACCUUCUUCGGCUUGCUCAACACCUUCGUACACAUUAUUAUGUACACCUACUACAUGCUGGCUGCCAUGGGACCCCACAUGAGGAGAUACCUGUGGUGGAAGAAGUACCUCACUACUUUACAAAUGGUACAAUUCGUCGGCAUUAUGGUGCACGCAUUCCAGCUGUUGUUCAUUGAAUGCGACUACCCUCGCGCGUUCGUCUGGUGGAUCGGCAUGCACGCCGUCAUGUUCUUCUUCCUUUUCAAAGACUUCUACAACCAGUCCUACUCCAAACCUAAGGUUCGCGCCCGAUCACCUCAACCAGAGACGACAGAAAUAAAAGACAUAACGUACAAGAACGGUUCGCUGAAGAACGGCUUCACCAACGGGCACACGAACGGCACGUUCGCGCGGUCCCGUACCGUGCUGCCGGCCGGCAACUGACGGCGGACAAGGCGCCCACCUUAGCAUUCCGUAGUACUCUGUGAUUCAUAGCCUGAAAUUAUUACGGGACGUUAAUAUUUCUUAUUUAAUGCGUGGACCUUCGGGGUAAAGGUGUCGGAUGUAUAGAGGGAUGCGCGAGCUUCGGUCCGGCCUCUCGCCAUGUCGCCUCGUCAAUAAUAACCCUAGAAGUAGUGGUACAUGUGAUUUGUCUAGUGUACAUACAGUUAGGCGGUAUCAAUGGUGUAAAUUUUAUUUUAUUGAUGUAAAUGUAUAGCUAGAUUUGUGAUCGCAUAGCGUUUUAUACUUUUAUUAUUAGAGUUAGAGUUUAGAGACCUCUAAAAGAAUACAGUCAUAAUACUUACAGACACAUGUAGUUUAUACAUGGUGCUUAAAUGAGAUAUAUUAUUUAUGAUUAUGAGCUUGUAAACAUUAAAACUAACAUUUUCACUAGAUGAUAUGAAGAUAAACAAUGUUAUUAUAGUUUAUACUUAAUUGUUUACCUCGCAUCAAUGGUAACGCUCUGCGAAAGUAGCUCUUAUUGCUUUAAGAAUAAAAGAUGCCAGUGUACAUUACCUUUGAUGUGUGGUUGAUUAGAAAACAUGACAUGAUACUUCAAA